GUUAGUCGGUAAACAACUGGCUGUAAACAACUGAAAGUCCAAACUAACGUUACCGUCAUAGGAUGAAGAAAACACGCCAACCGAGCUCUGCCUGUGGUCACGUGACCUAACGGCACCGUUCUACAUGACAACAUGUCAGGUUGCUAAGUUAGCUAGUGAGCUAGCUGUACUUAGCUGACCAAAAUGAUGUGGCUAGAGGAAAACCCCGGUUUGCUACGCGCCCGCGACGAAACAGCCGCGGCUUUAGAGCGAUGAACCGACUAUCACAUAUUCUACAGACAGCCGCGGACUCAGACGACAGGAAAACGCCCCUGCCAUGGCAGCUGGUGUCAGCGUACUGAGUGACUUAUCUUACUCCAUGAGUGGAGCCCGCAGUGGAGAGAUCAGCACAGAGAUGGAGACAGCCAAUGCAAGGGUCCCUACAGCAAAGUACACCAAGAUGGGGGAGACCCUGAGGCAUGUCAUCCCCGGUCACAUGCAGUGCUCCAUGGCCUGUGGAGGGAAAGCCUGUAAAUAUGAGAACCCCUCUCGCUGGAGUGAUGAGGAGCAAGCCGUUAAAGGACUCUACUCGUCCUGGAUUACUGACAACUUGCUAGCUAUGGCAAGGCCAUCCACUGAAAUCAUAGAGAAAUAUAAUAUAAUUGAGCAAUUUCAAAGGUGUGGUCUGAAGACGGUCAUUAACCUGCAGCGGCCCGGAGAACACGCCAGCUGUGGCAACCCGCUUGAGCAGGAGAGCGGUUUCACUUAUCGACCUGAAAUUUUCAUGGAGGCCGGCAUUUAUUACUACAACUUUGGGUGGAAGGAUUACGGUGUGGCAUCUCUGACUACAAUCCUUGACAUGGUGAAAGUCAUGUCAUUUGCUGUCCAAGAGGGGAAACUGGCUGUCCACUGCCAUGCUGGUCUUGGAAGAACAGGUGUGUUGUUGGCUUGUUACUUGGUUUUCACGUCCCGGAUGAGUGCUGACCAAGCCAUCCUGUUUGUGCGAGCCAAGAGACCCAACUCCAUCCAGACCAGAGGCCAGCUCCUUUGCGUAAGGGAGUUUGCGCAGUUCCUGGUACCUCUCCGAAGCGUCUUUUCCUGUGCAGAACCCAAAGCCAGCGCUGUCACCUUGUCCCAGUACCUUACCCGGCAGCGCCACCUGCUGCACGGCUACGAGGCCCGACAGAUGAAGAACGUGCCAAAGAUCGUCCAGCUGGUUUGCAGGCUUCUCGUCGACAUCGCAGCCAACAGACAGGCAGUGAUAGAGGAGGAGUGGCUGGAGAUCCCUGACCUCACCGCUGAGGUGGAGAAGACCGUGUCCCAGCAGGCUCUCCAGCAGCUCGGGAAGGAGAUGAGAGGGAAGGGGAUUCCUGUUCCACCUUGUUCAUCCCAUCCUCUCAGCCCACCUGCUCUGCAGUCUGGACCUCCUCACGAUCAACCUCUUGCCAGCGAUAACGAGCUUGACCCUCUGUGGAGACAGCAGAAUGCAGAAAGCCCUCUGAGAUCCUCUCUGUCCAACAACCGGCACCUCAGUUACAGCGAUUCUGUCCUUCACAAACUUGGAACACGGCAGCACCAUUUAGAAAAUCUGAAGAGCAACAAACCAGUCAACUGCCUGAUCAAACAUUCCUUGUCUCACAACAGCCUUACAGUCCGUAACCCACCCAGAUUUUGUGACCCCUCUCCUCAGGACUUUAUCAGCAGCAUUCAGGACCCCAGUACAAAGGCAAAGCAAGACACGGGAUCCCCCUUUAUAAAAAGGCAUCUACGCAAGGGAUGUCAAAGUUUGUCUUUAGAUCUCUCUGAGCAGGGAAGAAGAUCCAACUGUAACGCCACACUGCUAGCCUUAUCAACCAAGAGCAAACUAGUAACCAGCGAGGAGCAGCCAUGUGUGGAUGUGUUGGUGGGUGAAGGAGACACAGGCAUUGUCAGAGAGGUUCCCUUCAUCGCUCUCCAGUCUGAGCUCUCCCCAGAGAGCAGGCGCCUGUUGGUGACCAAGGCUGUGGCCUUGGACGUGAGCGACAAGGAUCUCACCUCCAAGGUGUCACUGUGGCAGACGGAGCUGAACUCCAGAGAGGGAGCGUGGGAGAGGCUGUGUAUGGAAAGAGAUCCUCUGGUCCUGUCCAGUCUAAUGUGGUCAUGGCUGGAGCAGCUCAAGGAUCCAGUCAUCAGCAGUGAGGAUAUAAAAGCCCUCAGUGAGAAGAACGUGAACCCACAGAACGCCCUCGACUCGCUGGAAAAGGGCCACAGGCUCACUUUGCUGUGUAUCCUUGACUGUGUUGCACAUCUCCUGCCAGUGCCUGAAGAGGUGGAGACUAGUUUUCUCAAUCAAACAAUAAAAGUGUUUACUAAGAUUGACCCUGCCUCAGAGAAGAACGAGUCCUUGUACACGACCCUGAGAGCGAUCCUGAAUCCCAUUCUUCAUGAGCUGCAAGACAAAGCUGCAGAGGAGAAUGAAGACUCCUGAAUCCAGCGUGAAUGGGACCGGUCAGAUACGACCCACAAACAGGGUUUUGCUCUCAUAUUUUGGGCAUUACUGUAUUUUAAGCCAGUUCCUUGCACCAGAUACUGCUCUGCCAAUCUUUAGUCUUUCAACAUAUUUGAAGACUAUGUCAUGUUUAGCGUUUUGUUUUUCCUCAAAGCUCUUAAUAGACUCUAAGCCAGCGGUUCCCAACCUCCACUAGGGGUUGCCCAAGCUUCACAGGGGGUCAUGAGGCCUUCUUGAUUUUAAGGGGUGUGAGAAAACUUUUUUUUACAAAAACAGUAGGCCAAUUGCUUUGCAUUUAAUUUACUAGAAGCAGAAGAAAACACAGAUUUUUUUCAAAAAAAGAACCCUAUGUGUGAUUGUUAAAAAUGACAAAAAAGGGCAUCAUUUUUAAUUGUAGAAGACGUUCCUAAAAAUAUCAGGAAAAGUCAUCUCUGAUCAAUAUUCACAGUUUAUCAGCUCUUCUCUACUGUUAUUGUUAUGCAUUGACUAUAAUAUGAAAUAUCCAUAAAACAUGUCAGCCAGGGGUCAUCAGUUUAUUCAGUGAUAGUAAAGGGGUCCCCUAAGGAAACAGGUUGGGAGCCACUGCUCUAAGCACUGCCAUUCUCUGUGUUAACGUGCCACUGUGCUCAGUGUGAAAGCAUUUGUUUUGUCUGCUCUACUGUAAUAUUUAUGAAGGACUAGAUGUUGCUUUUAAUAUCUAACUGUUAGUUGGUAGGGAAACGACUGAGAAACGCUCUCAUGAUGUUCAUGUUAUUUAAAUGUGUAACAGCUGUCAAAGUUGUUUGGGGGGGGGGCAUAUUUAAACCAAAAGAUGUUUUUACACUGUGCAGAUGCUACAAUGUGUCUUAUUUAUUCAGAUCUUUGAAUUUGAAAUGCAGCAGUUGGUUUAAUAACCUGAUGAUAAACUAGGAAGUUGCUUUGUCUGUGUAGAAUGUUGUGUGUUCUUAGAGCCAAAUGCAAACUGUGGCUAUUGUUAUGGCAAUGCAAAUUCAACGGGCGCAGUGCAUUUGUUUUUCCAAUCAUUUCUAUGUCCUAAAUACCGCGUGCACCAAAAAUCUCUCAGUGUACUGUUCCGUUGUACAUGCAUUUUGUAAAACAUCAAUCUGCCUCCGCUGUUGCUGCCUCAAGUCAGAUGGCCUCUGUCAGGACUCUGUAUCAUGCUGCUGUGGGUAACGUCACCUCGCCUGUGUGUGUGUGUGUGUGUUUGUGUGUAGCUGUUGAGACGAGUCAGUGGUCGCCUCUCACCUCAUAUAUGUCUCAUAUGUAGACACAAUGUAAUGUAGAUCUGCUGACAUGCGCCGAAUGUGGAACGCUGACGAUAAUAAUAAUAAUACGAAGGACAUGAGACGUUGUACUGUGGGGAAUUUUCAACAAGCACUAUUUUUUCAUUGUUACAACAAGCUACUUCUUACAGAAUUAAACUCAACUUACUGCAA